AGACGAGAACCGGAAAAAGAGAAGAAAAGAAAAUAGGAGUAGUAGUGAUCUACAAAUAGUGGAUACUUUAGCCCAUAAUUAUUUCUAGUUCGAUUUCUCUGCUACAAUGCCUUAUGCAAACCAACCGACUGUAAAAAUCACAGAACUUACAGAUGAGAAUGUCAAGUUUGUCAUUGAAAAUACCGAUUUGGCGGUUGCCAAUUCAAUUAGACGUGUCUUCAUGUCAGAAGUACCCACAGUUGCAAUUGACUGGAUCCAGAUUGAUGCCAAUUCAUCAGUACUGCAUGAUGAGUUCAUCGCUCACAGAGUUGGUCUCAUCCCACUCACCAGUGACGAUAUUGUAGAAAAAAUGCAGUACUCCAGGGAUUGCACCUGUGAUGAAUUCUGUCCAGAGUGCUCUGUUGAGCUGACUUUGGAUGUUCGUUGUACUGAUGAAAAGACACGCAACGUCACCUCUCGCGACCUGUUGUCCAACAACCACAGAGUUAUCCCAGUCACAUCCAGGAGUCGAGACAACGAUCCUAAUGACUACGCUGAACGAAAUGAAAUUUUGCUGGUGAAGCUUCGCAAAGGACAGGAACUGCGACUGAGAGCUUAUGCCAAAAAAGGAUUUGGUAAGGAGCACGCCAAGUGGAACCCAACAGCAGGAGUGGCGUUUGAGUAUGACCCAGACAACGCACUGAGGCACACGGUCUACCCGCGACCCGAGGAAUGGCCCAAAAGUGAAUAUUCCGAAAUUGAGGAGGAUGAGGUCCAGGCUCCCUACGACCCAAAUGGCAAACCAGAAAGGUUCUACUACAAUGUGGAGUCUUGUGGAUCCCUCCGACCCGAGACCAUUGUCAUGUCCGCACUGGCUGUCCUCAAGAAAAAGCUGAGCGACCUGCAGACCCAACUCAACCAUGAAAUCCAAAGUGAUGUGCUCACUAUCAACUGAAGUCACAUUGAUAAAUGGGGCUCGCGGACUUGUCUCUGUCUGUAGAUUGCGCUCUAAUUUUUUUCGCUUUUUUUUUUUUAAUUUUAUUUUUGUAAAUCAUUUUUGGAUUGAGAGACAGUGUCGAAACAAAACAUAUUUUGCUUUGUGGUUGCUUCCUUGUUUGGUGGUCAAGGACAAUCACGUCAAGUUUCGUCUUCAUUUAGCAUUCUAAAAUGUCAGUGACCCAACAUCAUGUUACAUGUAAACUUUUUUUGAAAUUUGUCGAACAUGUCUUUCAUUUUAAUUGAGGUACGCAAUAAAGACUGUUUUCUUGUCAUUCCAAA